AAACCUUCAGCAGUGUGAGUCAGACCAAAGCGUGUCAAACGUCAACAUGUCGUCUGCUCUCCGUUGACAAUCUUCAUUUAAUCAUUCCAGUAAUUUCUCAUUUCUCCGCCAGUGAUUGAAGUAAAAAGCCAAUUAGAAAAGUUACACAAAAUAGUGAUUAAUAUUAAUGAUUUAUUAAGAACUGUGAAAAUAUGGAUGGAAAGAUCACUCAAGUCCCAGCCUAUGCUUGGAGAGUCAGGCUGGACCAUGUGUUUCCAGAAAAGCUAAAUCAGAUGUUGAAACCCAAGUUACACCAGAUCUGGAGUUUCGUACCAUUGCUUUUCAGGUAUAUUUGGUAUUGCGUAACUAUGUGGUGGAAUGGGAGAAGGGUCGUAAUGAAUUUUUAUGCACCUCUAACAUCAAACCAGUGGAGUGGUGUUCCUCUGGGUGGUAUUGGUGGAGGUACCAUCUGCAGGAGUUUCCGGGGCGAGUUCUGUAGAUACCAGAUGAGACCUGGCUUCUAUGACUACAAUGUUGUUCAUGCAAAUCAAUUUAUCGUAACUGUUCAGAAUUCUGAAGGAACAGUUGUGUACCAACAAGUGUUAUCACCACUAAGUGGUGCACCAGGUGGAAAGCUGAGUGCAUGGAAGUGGGGGUUCCCUGGGGACCAGGCCAAGUAUACAGCCCUUUACCCUCGGGCCUGGACAGAGUACAACAUCUCUGAACAAAACCUGAGAUUGACUUGUCGACAGAUCUCUCCUGUCAUUCCUCACAACUACAAGGAUUCAUGUGUGCCUGGCGGAGUGUUUGUGUGGUCUGUGGAAAAUUUAGGGAGUGAGGUCAAGUCCAUCAGUAUCACUUGCACACUCAAGAAUGGCGUAGGCAGCAAACAGGAUGCACAAGGCAGCUGUCACAGUGAGCCAAUGGAUGUGAACAGAGAUGGUGUCCAGGUGGCGGGGGUCCAGAUACACCAGUUGGUGGACAACAUGGAUUGCACUUACUGUCUUAGUGCCUUAGUGAAGGAAGAUGUAGCAGUGAGUCGAAUUGUUGCUUUUGACCCCAAUGGUGAUGGGAGUGGAGUGUGGAACAGUUUAGCAAAGAAUGGCCAACUAACUUCCCAGACUAGUGAUAAAGUUGUAGGUCGAGAGGUGGCGUGUGCUGUGUGUGCCUACGUGGAGGUGCCCCCAGGGAACAUGAAAACUUUGGAGUUCGCUCUGGUCUGGGACAUGCCUAGGAUUCACUUUCAUCUCAACACCAAGGAGCACUACAGGUACUACACAAAGUAUUUUGGGAAAGAUGGUGAAGCUGGGCCAGUGAUAAGCCACUUUUCACUUGCAAACUUCAGUAGAUGGGAAGAAGAGAUUUCAGCAUGGCAAAGGCCAAUUUUAGAAGACUUGAAACUGCCUGAGUGGUAUAAGAGUGCAAUUUUCAACGAAGUCUACUAUGUGGCAGAUGGAGGGACAGUGUGGCUGUUGAUGGAUGAUGUUGAGUCUUUAUCGUCUACAGAUCCGAGGAGGGAAUUUGGUAGAUUUGCGUACCUUGAAGGUCACGAGUAUCGGAUGUACAACACCUAUGAUGUUCACUUCUAUGCAUCGUUUACGCUCUCGCAGCUCUGGCCCCAGCUGCAGGCCUGUUUGCAGUUUGACUUCCGUGACACAGUGUUGCGCGAGGAGACCGAGCAGAGGGUGCAUCUAUUCGAUGGGAAGAUUGCAAACAGAAAGGAUAUCAAUGCGAUACCUCACGAUCUGGGAGACCCAAGUGAGGAGCCGUUUGUGUUGAUCAAUGCCUACAAUAUCCACGACGUGUCAGAGUGGCGAGACUUGAACCUCAAGUUUGUGCUCCAGUGUUAUCGUGACUACGUGCUGUCCCGGAACGUUCAGUACCUGCGGGACAUGUGGACUCAGGUGUUGGCAGUCAUGAGCAAGGCCGAGACCUGGGACACGGACGGUGAUGGUGUCAUCGAGAAUGCAGGCGCUGCUGAUCAGACAUAUGAUGCAUGGAUUAUGACCGGCACCAGUGCCUACUGUGGCAGUCUAUGGCUGGCCAGCCUGUGCUGUGUGACCAAGAUGGCUGCUAUUCUCGACUGCCCAGAAGUAGCUGAGAAGUAUUCCACUCUACUGACAAAGGCAAAGGCUUCUUUCCACAAAAAACUCUGGAAUGGCCAAUACUACAACUUUGACAGUGCACAACGUCCCCACUCCACAUCAGUAAUGGCAGAUCAGCUCUGUGGUCUUUGGUAUUUACACGCAUGUUCUAUCACGGAUGAGGUGUUUCCUCAAGCAAAUGUGAAGAGUGCUCUUGAGACCAUAUACCGGCUGAACGUAAAGGGAUUCCGAGAUGGCAAGAUGGGAGCUGUCAACGGAAUGUUGCCGGAGGGAACCAUUGAUGACUUUGCUAUUCAAAGUGAAGAGGUUUGGACGGGUGUCACCUAUGGCUUGGCUUCCCUCAUGAUUUUCGAGGGCAUGGUUGAAGAAGGGUUCCACACAGCAAGUGGAAUCUACGAGACGGUCUACAAUCGCAUAGGUCUUGGAUUCGAGACACCAGAAGCAUUGCAUCACUCCAAUAGUUACCGUUCCAUCGGAUAUAUGCGGCCCUUGAGCAUCUGGGCAAUACAGAUGGCGUGGCAGAGGCGGCAGCAAGCUUCUGGCGAGUAACACUCUAGAGGGCUCAACUCUAUUGUCAUCACUAAAUCAUUACAUUGAAAAUCUGGCUGAAGAAGUCUAAAGGAGGAAGUUGAUUUAAACUGUUGUGACUUCAAAGUCUCUUCAUAUGAUUGAAUUAAAUUGUUCCUAAAUUAUUUAACUUUUCUGAUUGCUUUAGUUAUCACUUGUUAUAUAAACUAUUAUUAAUGUUUUUUUUUUUUUUUUAAUAACGUAGAACAUUAGUAGUUUAAUAACACACAGAAGUAAUAAAUUUAUCCAGAUUUUCAAAACACAUUUUUGAACACUGUGGAUUGUUGGAUGACAAAUGUACAUAGCAUUCCAGUGAGUUUCUCCAUGGAUAUAAAUAUUCAAUGUAGAUAAAUUGUUCAGCUUUGAAAGAGACACCACGGAAUGUAUCUGCACAAUAGCAAGAAUGUAUUUAAUACUUGAAUUCUACUUGAAACAUUAUACCACCCAACCGAUGACUGAGAGUAUCUAAAUCCUUCUACCUGUUCACUUGUACAUUAUAAAGAAAUUCAUCAAUAUUCAUCUUAAUCUAGAAUCCUUCAUUUCUUUCUUUUCAUUACUUUUAAAUAUGGAAUACAAUGGUAAGGAGAAAUGUCACAUCUUUUCUCCUGAGAAUGAGGAGGAGGAAGUUGUAAACCUUUUGCUAUGCACAGUCGGCGGAUUCUGGAAGUUCCAUUUGUUGUGUUUUGUUUUCUCCUUUAAUACCAGUUUUACUCCCGCUUUUGUAAUACUUGCUGGAAUCUGUUAACAUGUUUUCAAUAACUUUGGUGAAUUACAUGGAAACAUAGAACUCAUUUAAUAAUUAUUAGUUUGUUAUUGUAAUGUGUUGCAGACUCAGUUGACUGCUAAGUCAGCUGUGAUUUCAUGUAUAAAAUAUUGCAAAGUUAGGUUUCAUUAUUGUUUACAAAAUAAUAAGAAAUAUUUUUGUAAUGAAUUAAGUAAAUGUAACUAUGUAAAAAAAUUUGUUUUCGAAGAAUAUAAAUUUUGUUUAAAAUUAAGAAAAAGCUGCAAUGUGCAGGCUUUGUCAAAGUAAAAUAUCUGAGCUUUUGUAGGAUCCUUGAUUUGAUGGAAUGAAAAGGAUUAAUAAAAUGAAAACAUAUGAAAGAUUCAAAAUGGAAAACAUGUUUACAUUUUAGAUCACACAGUACAUAUGAAUUAGGUAUAUUAUAUGUUAUAUAGUUGACGUCAAUUGUGAUUAACAGGAUUUAUAUUUUCAGUUGUGAGAUUUCUGUAAGACAUACUUAAGUUAAGUAACUUAAAAUAUUAUUACCAGUAAUUCAUUUAUUAUUUUAAUAUACAUUUUUCCUUAUACAAAUUUUCAUUUCUUUAUUAUAGUUAGUAAUUUUAUUGUAAGUUAUAUUUGAUGUUAUUUAUUUAUAUACACUUCAAGUAAAGCAUUUUAAAUGUUUAGUGACAGUACCUAGUCCCACCUCAAGUAGUUAACUAGUCUUAUAUAAUCAAUAGUAUUGAUAUGCUUAGCUUUUACAAUUAAUGUCCAUUAAUGCCCAUUUACCAUUGCUCAAUAGAACAUUUCUGUUAGAGAACUAUACGAGUUAAAGUGACCUUUUACAAUGGUUAUGUAUACAGGUUGAAUCUUGUUGCAAAAUUCAACUAAGGUAAUAUAUUUAUAUGAUAAAGGUGCUUGCAGACUAGAUAAAUACAUAAUGUUAAGCAUCUGUUAUUUUGUGUCUCAAUUAGAUUUGAUAUGAUAGGUAUGCAUAUGUAUAAUAUGUUUGCCAAUUUGUGUUUAGUUUGUUUAGUAUUAUUUUCAUGUUCAAAUAGGUCCAUAAAAUCGACUAUAAAUAUGUUAAAUGUUACAUCAAUAUAAAUCUGUAAUAUUGUUCCAUUGAUUUUGUUUUCAAAAAUAUAUGCAUUCUAUUAUGUUUAUUGUGUGCUACAUAACAUUUGAAUGAAGCUGCAAGUCACCUUUAAAUAUAAGAGACACUUUCAUGUAUGUAUAUUAUAUGAGCUGCCUACAAUAUUAAGCGUAUCAUAGUCUUAUAAAGCGGAUUCGACAAGUAAAUUGCCUUAAAUGUACCAUGUCAUGAGUAAGACUGUGAUACACAACCACAACAGUGUAAUGUAGUAUAAUGAGCAUUUUACGUAUUAAUAUUUUAUGUCUUAUAUUAAACAAGGUUGAAAUUCAUAUUUGUGUUUUUUACUUUUAUUGUGAUUGUGACAUUUUAUUUUGUAUGCAAAAAACAAUGUUUUAUUUAAUGGUUUGUUGCCAUCUUGUAGUUGAUGUUUUAAUUAUGGUGCUAUAAUUGUUGUUUUACUUUUUAAUAGUAUUCUGUGUUUUAUGUAUCAAUAAACCAUAUAUUUAAUGGAAA